AUGGUCAAUCCCGUCGUGUACUUCGACAUCACCGCUGAUGGCGAAACUUUAGGUCCUGUUUCCUUCGAGCCCUUUGCAGAUAAAGUCCCAAAGACAGCAGAAAACUUCCGUGCUCUGAGUACUGAGGAGAAAGGAUUUGGUUACAAGGGUUCCUGCUUUCACAGAAUCAUUCCUGGGUUUAUGUGCCAGGGUGGAGACUUCACAUGCCAUAAUGGUACUGGUGGCAAGUCCAUCUAUGGGGAGAAGUUCGAUGAUGAGAACUUCAUCCUGAAGCACACAGAUCUCACCCUCCUGGUGGAGGCACUUCUACAGCUACUUCUUGAAGUAAGUGUCAGUGAGACACUUUCGGAUUUUCACUUUAUGGAUGUAAACUUUAGGGGUGAUGCGAAUGGCAAGUUCCUGGUGUGUUCUCCGCAGAGGAACUUGCUUGAGGGUCAGAGACUUGGUCACAAGGAGCAAGUUACUAUCCAGCUGCUCCUGGAAAACCACUCUCCUGGCCCUGUGGUGCCCUGUGAGGGUGUUCAGAUGGUCUGUGUGUGA